AUGUCCGCCGGUGGCUCGCCUCCUGCACCAUGGCCUCCCACGAGCCUGUGCCGCCGGGGACAGCUCCCAGGAGCAGCCUGCCGCCGAGCCCGCAGUGCAGCUGGGCGAGCUGCUGCCACUGCCCGUGCUCAUGAAGCACUCGCUGACCGCGCCGCUGGCCGCCCACAUCUCCCUGGUGAACAAGGCCGUCGUGGACUACUUCUUCGUGGAGCUCCACCUGGAGGCGCACCUGGCGGCGCUGCGGCACUUCCUGCUGAUGGAGGACGGGGAGUUCGCCCAGUCCCUCAGCGACCUGCUCUUCGAGAAGCUCGGGGCAGGCCAGACGCCCGGGGAGCUGCUCACCCCGCUGGUGCUCAACUCGCUGCUGAGCAAGGCGCUGCAGUUCAGCCUGCACGGCCACGGCCCGCUGGCCCACAACCUCUCCUUCGCCCUCAAGUUCCUGCCCGAAGCCUUCGCCCCCAACGCGCCCGACGUGCUGAGCUGCCUGGAGCUCAGGUGGACUGGCCCCUCAACCUCGUGGUGACCGAGAGCUGCCUGGGCAGGUACAGCGGCAUCUUCUCCUUCCUGCUGCAGCUGAAGCUCAUGAUGUGGACCCUCAAGGACGUCUGCUUCCACCUCAAGCGCACAGCGCUGCUGAGCCACGUGGCCAGCUCGGUGCAGUUCCGCCAGCUGCAGCUCUUCAAGCACGAGAUGCAGCACUUCGUCAAGGUCAUCCAGGGCUACAUCGCCAACCAGAUCCUGCACGUCACCUGGUGCGAGUUCCAGGCGCGGCUGGCCACCGUGCGCGACCUGGAGGAGGUGCAGCGCGCACACGCCGAGUACCUGCACAAGGCCGUGUUCAGGGGCCUGCUCACGGAGAAGGCGGCGCCCGUCAUGAACAUCAUCCACAGCCUCUUCAGCCUGGUCCUCAAGUUCCGCAGCCAGCUCAUCUCGCAGCCCUGGGGCCCGGGGCCUGAGCACCCCAACUUCGCACUCCUGCAGCAGUCCUACAACACCUUCAAGUACUACUCUCACUUCCUCUUCAAAGUGGUGACGAAGCUGGUGAACCGGGGGUACCAGCCCCACCUGGAGGACUUCCUGCUGCGGAUCAACUUCAACAACUACUACCAGGACGCGCGCACCGGCCAAUAAAGCUGUGGCCCCUGCUCUGUCUGCCUGUUGCUGG